GGGAGACUGAGAGUGAGAGAGAGAGAGAGAGUCGCGAUGGUGAGUACGAGAAACAGGGGGAGAGCACAGCAGAUUGAGAAGAACAACGAAGAAGAAGAAGAAGCAGCAGUCGGAAAUAGGGUAGUCGGAGGAGGAAAUGCUAACAGAACAAAGUACGAAGAGUCUCGAGCACAAAGAAUCAAAGAAAACACCGAGAGAAUGAAAAGCCUCGGCAUUUUUGAUCUCUCCAAGAACCUCAAACCUCCCUCCUCAAAACCCUCUUCUUCUGUCCGCAAACCCAGGACCACAUCCACAUCUUCUAAUCAUCCUCCCCGGCGCUCCUCUAGAUUGAAAGACAUGCCUCGAGUGAGUUACUCCGAGAAGAAACCUCCGAAGAUGGAGAACUCAGUUAAAGAUGUGGAGAUCCAUAUACCGGAAGGUGAGAAGCCUGAAAUUUAUACCGAGGAACACGAGAAACUCUUGGGUGAUUCUAAGGCUGUUUGGACUCUCUUGGUUGACGGAUACGAUGAAGAUGGGCAGCGCAUAUAUGAUCCUGUUGAAGGCAAGACUUGCCACCAAUGCAGGCAAAAAACUCUAGGCCAUCACACUGAAUGCAGCAAGUGCGAGAUGGUCACUGGGCAGUUUUGCGGAGAUUGCUUAUACAUGAGGUAUGGGGAGAACGUUAUGGAAGUUAAUGAGAAUCCAGAUUGGAUCUGCCCCGUGUGUCGAGGAAUUUGCAAUUGCAGUCGCUGCAGAAGAGAGAAAGGAUGGCAACCAACUGGAGCAAUCUACAAGAAGGUUGCAAGUCUUGGUUUCAAAUCUGUGGCGCAUUACCUCAUUUACACUCGUCGUGAACAAGCAAUCAUGCAAGCGGCAGCUACUGAAGAUCCAAUUUCUGCCGAUGGAUCACAUUCAGCUGAUGAUAAAGUACAAGAACCAUCUGAUACACUUUCUCUGCUACUAUUGGUUGGCAAGAAAAAUGAAAUGGAAGAAGAUGAUUGGGAAAUAGACAAUGACGAGGAAUCUAGAGGAGAUAAUCAUGAGGAGGAUGACGGCAACAUUGAUGUUGAGAUCGCUAGUCGGCGAGAAGAUGAAAACACUUGAGAGGCUGAGCUGCUGAUUUACCUGGCUUCAAAAAUCAACCUCGAAUCCAAGUUCUUGAAAAAGUUUUCCUGCUACAUGGCUCUAGAAACUCUAAAAACAAGUUCUCUAAGAAGAUAGCCUAGUUUUUUUACUGCAAACAGUUAUUAAUGCUUGAGAAGUAGUUGUCUAAUGCACAGUGCAUGUUCAAAUGCAAAUAAUAUUUAUAAUGUCUGCACCAACACUUUUACAAUUCAAGAAACGGCAUUUCAGUGAGUAAAUUUAACUGAGGCUAACAAAAUGUAUCAAAAAUGUAGUAUCGCAUACCAUACUUUUAUCGUAUGAUUGUUUUUCAUGUUUUAUGAGUAGCACUAGAAGCCGCAUUAGGCGACGUUAGAGGAAACAAGGUGAGGAGCUCUGGUUCUGGUGCAAGUCGCAUUUUGGAGCGUGGAGAUUGGUGCAGAUAAAAGCGUUUUUCUUUGAUUGCUCUCUCUUCUUCUCCAAAAUCUAUCUCCAUUGCUGAUGGUGAUGAUCUUUUGUUUGAACCCCCUGUUACUGCAUACACAGGGGUGCUUGUUGGGCUGGCCUGCAAACUCCUUGGUGGGCUCAUCAAUAUAGAACUCGACGGGCUUGCUGGGCAGCUCCAUGGGCCCGGCCCAUAACCCCCUGCUCCUUGUGGGCUCAUUGCACCUACCAUGGGUGGGCUUGAUGGAAUCUGGAAUGCAAUUGGUGUUGAAAUGUCUAACUUGGGCUGCUUGUAUUUCCUGCGCUCAUGGAGCUUUUGGGCUGGUUUGGGUGCUGGAGACUUGAUUGGUGCUGGGGCCUCAUUUCCCGAUGGGCCCGUUAAGCGUUGGACCAGGUCCCGGAAACACGUAGAGUCAGCCUGCACAAACGUCGUCUCGGAAGCGCCGCCAUCGCCGCCGCUGCCGGGAUUUGGGACGACGGGCUUGGCCAUGGAUGUGACGAUGAUAGAGAGGGGGGCGUUGGUUGGAUUCUUGCAAUUGUAAUUCUGAUGAUAAGAAAUGAAGGACAGAAGAUGAAGAUUCAGA